AAGUGAUAAAGUAAGAAAGAUUUAAAUAAAAGAAAAUUUAAGUGACAAAAAACAAAUAAACUUUGCAAAGGCUUAUCAUCUGCCUGCACCAUGUCUGCCACGGUGAGAGCGAGCCCACCCAACCUCGGUAUUACACCGUUGCACACAGCGAAAGUGUCAUGUCGAACAAACUCGACAACCUGCAACAAGAACAAGAACAACACCAGCGGAAAAGCCGGCACUCAGUUGCCACAAAUUAAAUUGCCACCAACUUCACCUUUAUAUUCACCAAUUUAUCCAGCUAUGGAUGCGCUGGCAUCUACACCUAAUAAUUAUGCUAAUAGCAAUAGUAGCAGCAGCAACAACAACAACAACACCAGCAAUUGCUGUACGCUACUCAUGUCACCGCCGCUUAGUGCACACAUGUUGAACGCUAAGCUUGGAAGGGACACACAACAGCAAGAUCAACAAAAACACUACAUUCAACAACAACAACAACAGCUUCACACAGCUGAAUUUCUUGCACCGAGUUGUAAUUUGAAGACUGCUUAUAGCAGUUACAGCAACAACUACACGGACUUCACCAGCGCAGACUUGAGCUUUUCGGAUUUUUCGCUUAGCUACAUGGUUGAGACGCCCACAUCGGCUUAUGGCAGUUGUGGCAGCAACAACACUACGGUGGAUUGCAUGGGAGGAGGCAACAACUCGGCAGUAGCGAGCUUUUCUAGUGACAGUGAUGUGGUCAUGCAACAGCAAAAACAACAAAAAUCUCAAGCUACCGCCCAGGAUGUGUUUCGUUUCGAACCGGAGGACAUAGCACGUCUAAUAUCGGCUGAUUGUGAAACAGGCGACAGCUUUGGCAACUCACCUGGUAUUGCAAAGGCGGUUGUAGAAGAGGAAGGAGGUUGUUUGGGCGUUUCGGAUGAUUUACAAGCGCCUUUUGUGCCACACACGCCUUGUAGCUCGUACGCCAAGCAUACGUCUUCCACCAACUGCAAUUUAAGCUCACCCACAGUAGCUGCAGCUAACAUGGGGGUGGGAAGCAAUUAUCAACUCGUGCAGCAGCAGCAAACAUCAGUAGUUGGUGGUGCUGAGAGCAAUUGCAGUAACAGCAACAGCAGUUGCGACCUUAAUGGCGAGCAAAUGGCAGGCACCAUAGCCGCCGACUGCUUAAAUUUGGAUAUCGAGUACUACAACUAUAAUGAAAUCAAUUGUCAAUCGAAAAAUCAGUCACCCUGCUCCUCACCACCGCUUGAUCCUUGGAUGACUUUAAAUUUAGCUGAGUCCAUUGCGAACGCCUCAACUGCGACGGAGACAACGCAACUUAAACAUUCGCCGAAGCUUAGCAAUGCCAACUAUGGCUAUCAGCCGUGUGAAUCAAGCUACCAGCCCCAAUAUACAAGACAUGAAAUUAAACAGGAGUCGACCUCUAAACUGCCCUCAAUGAUGUCCACCUUUGGCACGCCCAAAUACGAAUCAGUCUACAACUAUGACUACGGUUUUAUGCAUGAGGAUAUGAACAACGCACACCAGCAGCAGCAACAUGAAUAUGACGGUCAACAACAACAACAGCAGGAGAGAUGGUCAUACCCUUUUUUUACCUCUUCCACCUCCAUCUCCUCCGCCUGUGCCACCACCACAACCAAUCUGUCGAGUGCCGCCGCAGUUACCCAUAAUUACGAUCAUUCGCCGGAAAACUAUCAGAACUGUAAUUUGUUGCAAGCGGCGAAGCCCAAUCGCGAACACAAAAUCAUUUGGACCAUCGACGAGUUGGAUGAGAUACAUGAGGAGCUUAUCGAUGAACUUUGCUCCGCAACUACCAAGCAAUCAAAUCACAUGAGCGGUGAUGAGGAGGUCGAUGUUGACAUUGCCACAUAUUUUGAGGAGGACAACUCGCUGAAUUUUGCCCUUAAGGUAGCAAGCCGUGAUGGUGUAUUUGAGCGUCGAGAUGAUGAAAAAGAGGAUGAUAACGAUUCGGUGUUUCACCUUAGUGAUUGUGCCAUUACAACCACCGCCAACAAUAACAACAGCAACAGUAAAAAUCAAUUAGAAGAAUCAACACAGUUGCGUUUGCAACCGCCACGCCGACGACGACGUUACAUUUCACCAACAGGAACAACAACAACUAAUGCCAACAAUUUUACAGUACAUAAUGAGAAAUCAUCUUGCAAUGUGCAGAAAAAUGACGGUGAUUCAGAACCAGCGAAUACGUUUGCCGAAGAAGCGCAAAUCUGCCGUUGGACCGACUGUAAUGAGGAAUUCCCGAACCAAGCUGAAUUUGUUGCGCACAUCGAGAAACGGCAUGUGGAUGUGAAGAAGCGCGACGAUUUCUCUUGCUUUUGGCUGGACUGUCCGCGUCGUUAUAAGCCAUUCAAUGCUCGCUAUAAGCUUCUGAUUCACAUGCGUGUGCACAGCGGUGAGAAACCGAACAAAUGUCCGUUUCCCACUUGCAAUAAGGCAUUUUCACGUUUGGAAAAUUUGAAAAUUCAUCAACGCUCACAUACCGGCGAGCGUCCGUACGGUUGCCAGUACAAAGGUUGCCUGAAAGCAUUCAGUAAUAGUUCGGAUCGAGCGAAGCAUCAGCGCACGCACUAUGAUACGAAACCCUACGCUUGCCAGUUAGCCGGCUGCACGAAACGCUACACCGAUCCAUCAAGUUUGCGAAAGCAUGUGAAAAAUCACGCUCUACGCAAUGCCAACGGACAUUUGGGGCGACGAAAGUCGGCGGGUGCUGCUGCGGGCAACAAAAAAGUCAACAACAACAACAACAGUAAUAAUAACGGAAAUGUGACGACAAGUAAAAUGCGUCGACACUCCGAAUCAUCAUUGGUCAAUGUGAAAACAGGGCAAACAACAGAUGGCGCCAGUGUAGCGGAGGAGGCAUUAGGUACACAAAUAGUGGCAACAACAACAAUGUCAACAACAGCGCCAACAUCAACAAAGGCAUUAGCGCAAAUGACACUAAUUGGCAGCAAAUUAAUGAAUAAUACACAAUAUCAGCGGCAACAGCAGCAGCAACAACAAUUAUUGCAACUCCAACAGCAGCAACAGCAGCAAGCACUGCAACCACAACAGCAUAGCAUAACAACAACGCGACAACAGCGCAGCUAUAGUUGCAGUGAAAUGUCAACACGUUACAAUAAUUGUAAAGGCAACAACAACAAUAAAAACAACAAAUUGGCUUAUUAUGACAAUCACAUUGAGUUAAUGACAACUUCAGCGCCAGCGACAACAGGGACAACAGCAACGGGCCAAACAACUACAUUUCAACAGCCUAUAAAAUUGCUGCCAGCACCACCAGCAGCAGCAGCAACAACAACAACAACACUAGCAGCCAUGUCGACCGUUUACAAAAUGUCAACGACAACAACAACAAUGCCAUAUGCGACUGUGCAACAUGCCAACAACGCAUUGAGUAUUAACGACAUGGCCACAAUAUUUGUUGCCACUACUACUAAUACUAGUGGUAACAACAAUAACAACAACAACGACAACAAUAGUAGGAGCAGUGGUGGUAAUCGUAAUGAUUGUGGCGCAAAUAGCCGCAACAAAAACAAUUCGAUGAACUUUAAUGAGUUGUCAAAUUGCAUUGUUACCAUCGAACACAAUCAAAAUGAGAAUUCAAUUGAUUGCAGGAAUGACAACAACAACAGCAACAGCAACACCAAGCGUAACUGCGAUAGUAUUGAGGCCAUUAACAAGCCCUUGGGCAUAUUGAGCACACGCGACAGGCGACAAGAGGCGGCGGCGGCGACGGCGACGACGACUACCACGAUGGAACAGGAAAUGGAUGCGUUGAGUGAGUGCAGCGACGGAAGCAGCAGCCGGAGCAGCAGCAGCACCAAUAACAGCAAUGGUGGCCACGGUAGUCAUUGCAGCUGUGGUGGCAACAAUGAGCAUAUCAAUCAAUUAAAUGAACUUGACCAGUUUUUGGUAUUAAAUACGAAGGCCGAGGAUAUCAGCGAUGAGCUCGGCAAACAGUCAAUAACCAGUGCAGCAGCAACAACAGUAACGGCGACACAAACAACUGUUGCUACAGUGGCCCCAGCGCGCGCCGCACCAUGGCACACAUCAACUAAUUGCAACAAACAUACGACUCACACAAAUUUCACUAAUUUGACGGCAAUUAGCAACAUUAACUCAACGUCGAGUAGCACGGGAGCGCCUAGUGCAGGAACAGCGGUCAGUGAGCCUGCUAAUAAUAUUAGUCGUAAAGCACCACAUACACAACUAGAAGAGUUCGUCUCGUUCGAGUAUGUGAAGCGUAUGUUGUUAGACGACGUCGACGACGACGACGACGACUACGGCGAUACAUUCGAUUAUGAGGCGGCGAUCCAUAGUUCCACUGGGGCUAGUGGUUCGAUAGAUGCGCGCGCAGCUAAAUAUAACAAAUCUACAAUGCACGCCACUAAUAAUGCUGCUGCUGAUGCCACAGCACAUGCCAUUAGUAGCUCAAGCAAACAAUGCAACGCCACCAACGAUGCCAAGCAAGCGGCUAAUGGACAUGAUAAUAUUGAUGUGGAUAAAAUCGGAUCUGCGGCCGAUAGAGUGGGCCAAAGCAAAAUCGGCUGCAGCAGCAAUGAGAGUAAUGUCGGCUCGGAUUAUGCAAAUAAUUUCGAAAUGGAUUAUUUGCAGAGUUUCAUGUAGUGCAACAAGGCACACGAGCAUGCUGCAGCGCUGGCAAAUAUAAUCAUACGAUGGCACGAAGCAUUGCAGCUUGUGGUGGUCUAAUCAAUGCAGGGGCAAAAUAUAUACUAUAUUAGUAAUUGGGCGCAACAACAAUAAA